GACGAUGGCGGAGGCAGCGCUCCCAGAUCUGUUCUCAGAGCAGGAGUUAACCUGCUCCAUCUGUCUGGAUCUGUUCAACCAACCAGUCUCCACUCCCUGUGGACACAACUUCUGUCAGGCGUGUAUCGGGGGUUACUGGGCGUCCGGCGCGGCGUGCACGUGUCCUCUCUGCAAGCGCCAGUUCGACGAGCGCCCUCAGCUCAGCGUCAACAAAGUCUUCGCUCUCAUCGCCGAGAAGUUCCAGCAGAGCCGCUACGGCGCCGCGGGGCCCCCCCCGGCGCCCGGGGUGCCGGCGCCCGGGGUGCCGGCGCCCGGGGCGACCCCCGACGACCCGGCGGCGGCGCCCGGAGAGGACGUGGUGUGGUGUGACGUGUGCACGGGCCUGAAGCAGCCGGCCGUGAGCUCCUGCCUCACCUGCACCGCCUCGUACUGCUCGCUGCACCUGCAGCCGCACCAGCGCACGCCCUUCUACGCCAAACACCCGCUGAUGACGCCGCAGGACGCCCUGCGCGGGCGCACCUGCCGCGUGCACCGCCGCCUGCUGGAGGUGUACUGUCGGACAUGUGAGCGCUGUAUCUGCGCCCUCUGUGUGCUUGACGAACAUCGGAUCCACAAAACGGUCUCAGUGCAGACGGAGAGAGUCAGCAAGCAGAGGGAGGUGGCCCGGACCGAGCAGGAGAUCCUGAACCGGAUCCGACAGAAAGAGAUCCACAUCACCCAGCUGAAGAAGAAGCUGGACGCAGUCAAGGUAC